AAGAAACAAAUCUGGAAAAGAAGUGCCAUGGGAUCAAAAAGCAUUCUGCUCGGACAACCUUUGACAUCAAAAUCGCACGUCAGAUAUGUUUACUAUUACUAUUUUGUACGCUCUUGUAAAUUUGCAGACGAUUUUGCUGCGGUGCUUCAUGCAAUGAUUGCAAAGAAAGAAGCUGAAGGCGUGUUCGGUACUACACCGUCAUACUCAUCCCCAAACUUUAUACUUGCAUUGUCUUUUGGAUUAAAUUAAAGAUGGAAUUGAUGGAUGUUCCAAAAACCAUACUGGAACAUCUACUGAUUGUGCGGUUUUUUGCCGCACAUGUACCGUACAUGUAUAUAAUAAUUUGCACGACGUACCUACCGGAAUUUGUAAUUUGUUAGCUGCGGACUCACAUGGACGAGCAUGCAGGAGAUAUAAUCUAUGUUUACGAUCAGUUACAUUUAUUUGUACUUGUAAAACGCAAUCUGUAGCAAGUUAACAACACAGCUUUAUUUAAUGCGGGUAAUAAUUUUAUAAUAGCCUCUUCAUAUGCUGUCAUAUGACUGCCCAGCCUACCAUCGGCGCGGUGUCGAUCGGCAGUUCUAUCGUUUCUACGUACAUUUUUGAACCAGCAGAGGACGUACAGACUUCUACUGCAAUCAAGAAAUAAAAUUUUACUUUCUUGUGUCACGGUUGUGCCUUUGGUGCGUCAGCAUGCGCGUGGAGAAGCAGCGAAUGUGGGCAAAAUUACAUGCCUAUCAUGCGACACAGUAUGAAGCCACUGCAUACCGACCAGACGCGUUCGCACGGUUCGGAUUGUGGUCAACUGGUAAUCACGGCAUGGUCUUCUUUAAAGUGGACACUGUUGACAUGCCCUCUACUGCGGUUCACUCCCAUAUCCACAACCAGCCAGGCACCAAUAUUAUUUCAGCAGUGUCAUACACCGACCUCAAUGGGACACUGGUGGAGGCUGUUGUCAACUUCAAUAUUGCUAAUUUUUCCUAUCGGAAAUUCAUAACGGAACCCAUCCAUUCCUUGCCCGUUACCAACGAAGAGCUUAAUCUCGAUAAUUAUGACGGAAGCUGGUUCUUAAAGGUCAUCCCGCUCCACAUGCACGCUCCCGCGGCAAUGGACGCGCCUGUGCCGUAUGUUAAAGUGCAGGUGUGCUUCCAGACACAGCUGGAAGUAAGCAUACCGGCUAGUUUCAUUAUCAGCAUCGUCGAUCUGGACGAAAGACCGAUCUUCUCCUGCACGCCGCACCAUCAGAUCAAGCUGUUCGGUCCCGAGCGCAUCUCUUCGUGGGGUUAUCCCGAUUUCAUUAGCCAUGAAAAGUUGUUUGACACAGCGAACGGCUACCUAACCCAUGAUAUACUGCGACUGCAAGCUCGAAUCAAAUUCUUAGCAUCACCAGGGACACUCCUGCAGGGCGGAGUCAGUCGUUUCGGGGCAGAUGACGACACGCUGGCCAUUCUCCAAGAGAACAGCGUGAUCAGUCUGCUCAAGGACCUCACUGACCUUUACUACACGAAGAACGGCAGCGAUUGCAUUUUGGUAUCUACUGAUCGCACGGAGCAUCCCGUGCACAGUAGUAUACUGACAGCACGGUCGCGCAAGUUCCGCACACUGUUGGCGGGCGCUGUUCACAGCAAUGGUAAAACGCUGGGAAAGAUCCACAUUCCGGAUAUGAACUGGGAGACACUGGACAUUCUACUGGAGUAUGUGUACACAGCGUCCACCGAGCGGAUACCUGAGCGCGCGGACAGUCUAAUGAUUGCGGCGGAUAAUUAUGGACUGGGCUGCUUGAAGAAGAUUUGUGAAUACCAUCUGGUGCGAACGGUCAAUAAAGACAACGCGCGACACCGGCUGCAUGUGGCCGAGGAAUGCGCCUCCGGGGCGGUGGACCUGAAAACAGCGGCACUGACGGUCAUUGCAGAAAACGUCACGGAUGUCCUUGAAAAAGAACAGGCCAGCUCGGGAAGAUCCAAAGAUGAGGUCAUCGAUCAGCUAUUCGCGUACCUGGGUCGUUACUUCAAUGGAAAGGAAAAUGACAGCGAUAGGAAAGAGGGUUUCUCUCCGCAAUCCGGCUAUUCCAGUAGUAAUAUGCUGUGAAACUGGUAUCCGCAGACCGCAGUUGAUCGAAGCGGUAUUAAAUGCUGCAGUGCGCAUCGGGCGAUCUAUGUUAAGUCAGCUAUUUUUGCGAAUUCUAAGCGUCAUUACUUAUGAUAGACUUUUAACGCGACAGUACUUGGUUUUUAUUACUUUUAGCACUUUGUUGUUAAUCCUUGACAUAAUCAGAGUCGCUUCGGACAACAGUAACAACGUGACCUUGCAUGACAGCGAACGUUAUAAAGUUAUCAACAGAAAUACGCAGAUACUGGA